AUGUCUAAUUGGAGUUCUGAUCCAGAAGUCGAUGAAAUGGUAGAGGAGGAAGUCGAUAAUAUAGUGGGUGAGAUUCAAUACAACUACACUCACCAAGACGUUCCAUCAGCUCCAAUAUUUCGCAGAGUGCACAUUAAUAGAGACCGCGAAGAAGGCCACACUCGGCUAUGGAAUGAUUAUUUUAGUGAGAAUCCAACUUACAAUCACAGAAUGUUCCGCCGUCGAUUUAGAAUGAACAAACCAUUGUUCAUUCGUAUUGUCAAUACUAUUGAGAAUGGAGUCUCAUACUUCAGACAAAGACGAGAUGCUACUGGAAGGCUGGGUCUUUCUGCACUUCAAAAAUGUAUGGCAACUAUUUGUAUGAUGGCAUACAGAUGUUCGGCUGAUGCAAUGGAUGAAUAUCAACGACUCGCUGAAACAACCGCCCACAAAUGCCUUGAAAAAUUUGUGGAAUGA